GAGAAUGGGGGUGAUUUCUCCUCCUCCAGGAAGUAAAAAGUCUAAAAUACUGAAGGGAAACCCCUCGCGCCCCAGUCACUUCCCUGCUCCGGACGCCAUGCUGCCCCUGUGCCGCCUGCUCCUGCCCAGAGCCCAGGUCUCCCCUCGGACUCUCCGCCUGUUCUCGGACUCCCCGGCCCCGUUCCGGAUAAAACACCUGGACCACCUGGUGCUGACGGUGCGGAGCAUAGAGCAGACGGUCGGCUUCUACACCCGGGUCCUGGGCAUGGGCCUGGUCACCUUCAAGGGGGACAGGAAGGCGCUGACAUUCGGGAUACAUAAGAUUAACCUCCAUGAAGUUGGGAAAGAAUUUGAGCCGAAGGCAAGACACCCCAAACCGGGCUCCGCCGACCUGUGUCUGAUCACCGAGACCCCCCUCCGCACCGUGCUGCAACAUCUGCAGGCCUGCAACGUCCAGGUAGAGGAAGGCCCGGUGCCCCGGACCGGAGCUGUGGGCGACAUCCACUCCGUGUAUUUCCGGGAUCCUGAUCACAACCUAAUAGAAGUCUCCAACUACGCGACCGACGUCGAGCGACCCUGAGGAGAUGAGCCACAGCAGAGGCUUUGUUACAGUCGUGUCCGGUCCAGAUGGUCCACGCGUCAGGUGCUCCUGUCCUGAUCGUUUGUUACAAUGUAUCAGUGCAGGCACAAUGUAUCCAACCUGUCUAGAACAGAUACAAUGUAACAAACCCUCAGCUGUGAGACUGAGAUCGGGACAGUGGGCACACUCACCGGGAGACAUGUACAGUGACGGGCCCCCGGGGGCCACACCUCUCCUGCAGUUUGCAGCAUUAAUGAUACAAAGCUGGAAUCUUCCUGUUUUCUCUAUUUUAAAUAAAUUACUGCUGGUGCUAA